AUGUCGCAAAUGGGAGAACACGGGGCUUUCAAGGCCCCGCAGACUGCUCAGAGUCAGCAAAAGCCAGGGUUGGAGAAGAAUAUGAUGCCGCCGAGCGAACCGACCAAACUGGAGGAUUGUGGUGAUUUUGUAGAAUAUGUUGGAUCUGGAAAGCUGAAGGAUAAGAAGGUUCUUAUCACUGGCGGAGAUUCCGGAAUCGGCCGUUCCAUAGCCGCAUUGAUGGCGCGGGAAGGUGCUGAUAUCACGAUCGUAUACCUUCCCGAAGAGCAGGAAGAUGCCAUAGAGACCAAGAGGUUGGUCGAAUUAGAGAAGCGGACAUGCCAUCUCUUCGCUGGAAAUUUGAUGGAUAAUGAGACGUGCAAGAGGGCGGUUGACGAACAUAUCAAGAAUUUCGGGAAGCUCAACGUCCUCGUGAACAACGCCUCACAACAGCUCCUGUGCAGCGACUUCGCACAAAUUGAUCUAGACGAAGUCGCGAAGAUCUUCAGGACUAACAUUCUUCAGAUGUUCGCUGUGACGAAGUUUGCCCUUCCUCACUUACACAAGGGUGACUCGAUCAUAAACAAUACAUCAGUAACGACUUUCCGCGGCUCCAAAAGUAUGGUAGAUUACUCAGCCACGAAGGGUGCAAUUGUGGGUUUCACACGGUCGCUGGCUGUUCAGCUGGUCCCUAAGGGUAUCCGCGUCAAUGCUGUUGCUCCUGGAGCGGUCUACACUCCUAUCCAGGCGGAUACAAGACCUCCUGAGCAGAUGAAGGGUUUCCACUCCAAGAGCCCCCUGGGACGGCCAGCCCAGCCAAGCGAAGUCGCCACCUCUUUUGUCUUCCUUGCUAGCAAGGAGGCAUCGACUUAUUAUGGACAGAUCCUGCACCCCUACCCGAUUGGCGAUUAA